GAGCCCGGCGGGCGCCGCCCGGAUGCAGCGGGCGCGAGAAGAUGGCGCUGGGGGCGCGGCGGCAGAGAAAGCCUUCCCCGUGCCGAGGAGCGAUGUAAAGAUGUGGGCUGCAUGCUAAUCCAGCUGGAGGUGCCAAGCUGCCUUUCCACCCAUGGGAAGUUUCCCCACCACCACCUCCUAGAUAAGUGACGAGUGCUUUCCAGCUGGGCUGAGCGGUUGCCCUCGCAGGAGACGAUUCUUCAGCCCGCAGUCGCUGUGAGCUCCAACACACUGGUCCUGUGAUUCUCAGCGCUGUGGGAUGAGACCUCCCGGUCAGCUCAGCCUCAAGGAUAGGUGGACUUAAUAAUGAGAAAACCUUGCCACGGAGAUCACGUAAAGCAGUGAGCAGCUGAAGCACGGGGCGAAGAGGAAAGGCGUCAGCGGGAAGCAGAUGGGCAGCACAGUGUGUGGUUUGCCUGGCAUUUGUUGUCUUGCAAUAGGAAGCUCAGAAAGGAGCUACAGUGGGACCAAAGGAAGAGGAAAAACACUGAAACCCAUAAAUAUUCAGAAGAGCAGAAGAAACAAAUGUAUUGACCUAAAUGACCAUUGGUGACUCAGAAGCUUAAAGGCAGUGUUCAAGUCACAACUGGGCGUUAACAGCAUGAAGGUGCGUGGACAAAAUGGGGCUGUGAAGGAGGAAAUGGGAAGCUACUGGCUUUUGGAGCAAAACGCAAAACAAUGGAAAUAGUUUCUCUGAGACUCCACCUUCUGCUCUGACCACAGAGACCCUUGGCAAACCAGACUUAUUUUUCCACCAUGUUUGGAAAGAAGAAGAAAAGGCUGGAGAUUUCUGGGCCCUCUAACUUCGAGCAUCGGGUUCACACGGGCUUUGACCACCGGGAGCAGAAGUUCACAGGACUACCUCAGCAGUGGCACAGCUUGCUGGCGGACACGGCCAACAGGCCCAAGCCUAUGGUGGACCCCUCAUGCAUCACUCCCAUCCAGCUCGCGCCUAUGAAGACUAUCGUUAGAGGAAAUAAGCCCCGAAAGGAUACUUCAAUCAACGGCCUGCUGGAAGAGUUCGACAACAUCUCCGUGACACGAUCCAACUCCCUGCGGAAGGAAAGCCCUCCCACCCACCACCAGGGCAAUGCCAACCAUGUGCCGAGGCACCAGGAGGAGAACGGUUACAUCACGUAUUCCCAGUACUCCAGCGAGUCAGACACGACAACAGACUAUGGCAUGGAAAAGUACAGAGACAAGACUCUAUACGGGGAAGAGUUUGACAGGUACUACAAAGGGGGCUAUGCCGCCAAGCAGAACGGGCACAUGAUGAAGGUGACUUCCAGGGACAUCUAUUAUUCAGAAGUGACGCCCCUGAAGUCAGACCUCUCCAGGUUCCUCCCAGAUUACCAGGCACAAGUGGAGGCAAAGCCCAAACCGCUCGAAUAUGGAGGCCUAAAGCUGGAGUACCAGAGGAUUCCCAGUGGAUCCUCGCUGGACUACAGAGACCCCUUUCCUUACGCCCUGUCCCGAGCGUCAGUGCAGAGCGAGUGCCCCAAGGAGAGGCUGGAGUACAGCGACAGCGACUGGGGACACAGCCCAGGCAAGGACGACUACGACAAGAGACCAAAGUCGUCCUACGUGGACCCGGCGAGCCCUCAGCCAGCGAUGAGGCAGAGGUCCAGGUCGGGCUCUGGUCUGCAAGAGCCAGCCAUGCCCUAUGGGGCAAGCGCGUUUAAAGCACACCAGCAAGGACACUCCUACAGCUCCUACACCUACCCCCGCUUGUCCGAAACUGCAGCAGGCAUCCCCAAGGUGGAUUACGACCGAGCGCAGCUGGUAGUCAGCCCGCCGCUCUCCGGGUCGGACACCUACCCAAGGGGCCCAGUAAAGCUACCUCAAAGUCAAAGCAAAGUCAGCUACUCCAGCAGCAGCUACCAGUACCCUCUGGUCUACCACAAAGCGUCCCACUAUCACCAGCCACCCCUCCAGCCCGGCUCUCCCUAUAUUUCCACCGCCUCCUACCCCAGCUCCCCGAGUAUCACAUCAAGUGCUUACCCUCCGCCCAGCUGGGGCUCCUCCUCGGACCAGCAGCCCUCCAGGGUGUCCCACGAACAGUUCCGAGCCGCCCUGCAGCUGGUCGUCAGCCCCGGUGACCCCCGGGAGUACCUGGACAACUUCAUCAAGAUCGGGGAGGGCUCCACGGGGAUUGUCUGCAUCGCCACCGAGAAGCACACGGGCAAGCAAGUGGCCGUGAAGAAGAUGGAUCUCAGGAAGCAGCAGAGAAGGGAGUUGCUCUUCAAUGAGGUUGUAAUCAUGAGAGAUUACCAUCAUGAAAACGUGGUUGACAUGUACAACAGUUACCUUGUUGGCGAUGAGCUGUGGGUUGUGAUGGAGUUUCUGGAGGGCGGCGCUUUGACAGACAUAGUGACUCACACCAGGAUGAACGAGGAGCAGAUUGCGACCGUCUGUCUGUCUGUCCUGAGAGCCCUGUCCUACCUGCACAACCAAGGCGUCAUCCACCGUGACAUCAAAAGCGACUCCAUCCUUCUCACAAGCGAUGGACGGAUCAAAUUGUCCGACUUUGGCUUCUGCGCCCAGGUGUCAAAGGAGGUGCCGAGGAGGAAGUCUCUGGUCGGGACGCCGUACUGGAUGGCGCCGGAGGUGAUCUCCCGUAUGCCCUACGGCACUGAGGUGGACAUCUGGUCCCUGGGCAUCAUGGUGAUCGAGAUGAUAGACGGCGAGCCGCCCUAUUUCAACGAGCCACCGCUGCAAGCCAUGCGCCGAAUCCGGGACAACUUACCGCCCCGGGUGAAGGACAUGCACAAGGUCUCCUCAGUCCUCCGGGGCUUCUUGGACUUGAUGCUGGUGCGGGAGCCCUCGCAGAGAGCCACGGCACAGGAACUGUUGAGACACCCGUUCCUCAAACUGGCUGGGCCCCCUUCUUGCAUUGUGCCCCUCAUGCGGCAGCACAGACACCGCUGAACCUGGUGACAUUUUGGGAGGAGGCUGGUGCAGAGGCCAGGUAAGGGCCGUGCAGCAUUCCCAGCGGUUGCGUGGGAGCCACGGGAAAGGGCGAGCAAAACCUUGUGAAGGAAAACCCACCCUGUGGCAGUAACGUGGUGCAUUAAAAAAAACAAGGGGGAGCUUCCUGGGGCUGCAAAGGACUCGGGGACGAUCCUAGCCACCACCUGCAUCGCCAUGCUCUGCCACAGACCAUGGCUGCACUCUCAUCUUGGCCAUCCAGGCAGAAGGCACCAAAUGCAAACAAGGUGGAAAAGGUAAUUAAUAGUGGAUAGCACAACCAGAGUGAAACACCAGAAUUUCAGAGCAGAAGGAAAGGCUACGGCACUUCUAUUUCGAACAUUUUUCUGACAAAAAAAAGCACUUUUUAAUCUCAGUCAUAGCAGCGUAAUGUAUUUUGAAAUGAGUUUGUAAUUUUCUGUACAAUACUUUUGAUAAUUUGCAGUACUUUGUCAUGUAACUGUUGUGCUAGUUGAAGUUAUAAGUGUAACUUAGCAAGAAUUUGAGAAGAUAAAGUUUCCUACUUUUUUAACCCUUUUGAAUAUGGAAAAAAAAAAGCCCUUUAGGAAGGAAGAAAUUUUGGCAGCUUUUCCAUUGGGGUGAUGACAGCACUCAUCCCACCGUCACAGCAGCCUGAAGAGCAACGGGAGCCGACACUACCAAUACUGUCAGAGCACUUGCGUUGGGUGCUUGCCCUCUUCUGGUUACGUGGUUGCAUUCAGAGCUUCUGCUGCAUGCUGCAAGUCAUCAGGGCGUCCCUCAUCUCUCCAUCGGUGGGAACUAACGCAUCAGACGUACCUUUGCUCAAGGGUCAUCUAAAAACGUGGCGCUCCCUUCAUUUUAUGCUGCUGCAACGUCAGUUUUGUUAUUGCAAAAAUACCUGUUAGUUAUGUCAUGCUCUGGAAGUUGACAAAGGUGUUCUCCAGAUUUGGAAGAGACCUUUGUAAUACGUUAUGAGGUGUUUGCCAUAUAGAAGUUGUGCUGCUGUCUAGACCUUUUUGAAUGUUGAUACAACAGUUGACUACUGCGGUACAUUUUUGUGUUACUUGUUGGAUGAAUUUGCAUGUUAACUGUAGGCCUAAAUAGAUUUGCCUUUAAAAUUUUUAGAAGUGCUUCAUAAUUAUUUCAAUGAUAAAUUAAAUUUAUUUAUUAAUUAGUUCUUUUUAAUUAUGUAUAGUAUGAAAGCCAUGUUUUUCCAAUUUUUUUUUACUGACCUCAUUUUAUGAUACCAUUAAGAAACACAAAGCCAGUUUUGUGAAGACACAGCUUAUUUCUUAUUACAGAAUUUCAUAGUGAAUAUAUUAAUUGUUAUUUAUUGUAGCAAAUUAUAACCAAACAUCUAAACCUGGCAAGAGCUGUUUCUUAAAGAUCUUCCUCCCAGACAAAAGAUUUGCCAAUAGUAAAGAAGCUCUUUUCGUACUGUCCUUUAAAAAGUGACAUGUGAAGGGAGAGUAAAUUAAAAAAACAAAACAAAACAAAAAAAAAACACAACAGAGAAGGGGAGAGAAACACGAACUUGAACAUUGAAUAAAUGUUCUUAUAUGUGUGCGUCUCACCCCCCACUGCAUUCUCUUCUUAACCCUGUUUGCACAUUUCAAGACCCUACUAAAGAAAACAUGUUUAGCUGAGCCUCUGCCCUGCCACAAACACGCUCUGCCGGUACAGACCCGCGGAAACCCAGCAGAGAGAACGAGGGCUCCUACAGAGUUUUAAAAGUGUUUGUAUUUUGUAGUCUUGACAACUCAGGAAAAAAGGCUGCACCAGUAAAGGCAAUGGCAUACAAGUGAAACUGUAAUACUAGACACAAAAUUAAACUUUUUUAACCAUCUUUGAAUAAAAACAGGGUUGGUGGGUUU